AUGUCUUCGGCGUCACAGAGAGAACCUAGACUUGCGUAUGAGCAUGAUUUUGAGUGCGUGUACAAGUCGAGACAGCAACGGCCCGGGCUCCGAGCAGGCUACGUAUCACGACUGGAGCAGCAGCUUGAAGCCAUGCAGGCGAGACUAGAACGAGUUGAAGAUUAUUUGGUGCAGGGUGGCCAUAACAUGCCGUUCAAUAUCGAACGCACUCCUGUCUCCUUGCCUUCAGCUGACAACGGCCAAUUGGAAUCUGAUCCGUCCGAUCCAGAUCUGGCCGAAGUUGGUGGUGAUGUCACGCAGGACGUGCUGGAAGCUGCUCCCCAACCUCACCUCAAUACCUUCAGCAAUGACUCUCCGAUACCGUCAGCUACACUCAGCCUCCCUACAGCACAUGAAACAUUCAGAAUAUGGUUUCAAAGCUAUCACCCUUGGUUUCCUAUCUUGCACCACGGUUCCUUCCAAGGAUUGUCCACCUUUGAGAGCUCCGACCAGGAACUAAUCUGCAAAGCUGUUACUGCUGUAAUAAUAUUUGAUCAGGCCGAGAGUUUGCCAUGGCAUCAUGCAAGAGCCGCGGAGCUUCGCGAUCAAGUCCUGCUCCAAGGCUUUGCAACCUCGUCGCUGCAGUCUGUCCAGGCUCUUUUGGUUCUGUCUAAUCAUUUGUACACCAGCGGGAAACUCGCAGAAUUCUGGAAUUUAUUGGCGGUCUGCAAGAGAAUACUUGCUCAUCCCAAUCUCCAACGCCACGGAGUAAGCCCCUUGUACACCUAUACAUCCAGAGCACAGAUGGCACAGCGUUACGCCGCGAGUAGUAAUGUAGUCAAAGAGGAAGCAAGCCGAGCUUUCUGGAUGGUUGAGAUGUUGGAUGCAAUCUCGACCCUAGGACUCCCUUAUUCCAUGCCGUACUCGCCAUCGCCCCUGGGUGCUAGCCUGCCCUGCCUUGAGUCUCAAUGGUCGACUACACCGACAGUGAUAGAGCGUUCUGAUUCAGAACCGCGGUAUGCAUCGGGAUUUACCCUCUGCAUCAUGCUUUCAGUGGAGGAGCUCAAGGUUGUCCGCGAGUUUCUGGGGAGAUCCUAUGAGUUGGACAAGCUGGAUCAGAGACUUGACUGGCAGUCCGAAGCACAAAGAUUAGACGAGAGACUUACAAAUUGGCGCGAAGAAUUCGUUGCUGCAGUAUUUCAGCUCAUCAAUUAUGAGAAAGGACAUUUGCCCCGAGGCGAAAUGGAGUCUUUUUUUACGCUUACCAAUUGUAUACUCAAUGAGGCAAUCAUCGUUUUGCUUCAGCAGAUGGCGCCCAUGCCGAAAGGAAUAGAGACGACCUUUGAACAUUGGGCAUUCGCCACAACUAGAUGCACCUACGCCUGUGAAAAUUUGACGGCCAAGGUGCGCCGCAUAGGAGCAGACCAGCUUGGACGCGAAUCGCCUUAUCUGAUAUCACCACUGUUUGUAUCGGCGCGCUUCUAUAUAGUAUACUCCAAGGCACUUGAUGCGGAUGUCCCCGCAAACCUCCAUACCCUGGCCUUCAUCCUCCAUGCGUGUGGAAAGCGCUGGCCUUUGGCACAACUUUACGAAACAAUCAUUAGAACUGCUGUAGCGGAACAUCGAAGCCCAAUAUCUGAGUGUGUAUUGCCCGUUGAGUUCUACGACUUCCGCUAUACUACCUUGGAGAUUACAGAGUUGCUUCAAAGUGCUGGGACGAAGUUGACGUAG